UUUUAUAACUAACUUGUGUUACCUUCAGCCUCAAUGCCAAACGGCUUCUUAUCAUUCCUUCGCGUUAGCCUUGCAACAAGAAGCACCUCUUAAUACAAAGUUUGAUAUUUUGAUUGUUUGCGGGAGAGAGAGAGAGAGAGAGAGAGAGAGAGAGAGAGAGAGAGAUUUCUGGAAAAUUCAUAAUUGAAUCGUUCGGUGGUGAUGCUUAAUGGGAACUUACUUUUUGAACUGAUAUAGUAAACCCUAAUUCAAUCGCAAAUGGGGAGUCCUAAGCGUGGCAGCAGUCCAGUUUCUUCAAGAGGAGAUUCGGCUAGAGUUUCAGAAAAUCAACAAAAAAGGAAGGAUGAUGAAAGAGAUUUAGAUAAGGAUUCUGUUUGGAAUCAGUAUGGAAAAGAGUCAUAUGGACAUUCUGGUCGAUAUUCCUCCAGGAAUACAACUGGGUAUUCUGCUAGGCAUGACGAGUACAGCAGACGUGAUAAACGCUCAGAUGGUGAAGAGAGACGUUGGGAGUCGAGAGAAGAAAGUGAGCAUGGGAGGUCAAGAGAUUAUUUGCGAAAUGGUGAUAAAUAUUCUCGUGAGAAAUAUGGUAGUUCAGGGUAUAGAAGCAAGGAUAAAGAGAGAGAAGCAUUAUCCCUUGACCGACAGAAAGUUAGAGACAAGGAUGACUCUCCUGAUAGGGCUGGAUCUGGUACCAAACAUACUUACACGACUUAUGAAGAUAAGGACAGGAAUCGGCAUAGAUGGGAUAGAGAUGGUCGUGACGAGAAAAGGAAUUAUCAUAGGAGUUAUGAAGAUUCCAAGGGUUACCGAAAUGACCCUUCUGGAAAGGACAAUGAUGGAUAUCAUCAUAGAGAUUCUUAUAAGAAUGACCAAAAGGAACUGAAUGGUCAGAAGGAAAGGAAGAAACAUGGUGACUGGGAUACUGACAAGGACAAGUACAAUAGAGAACCACAAGCGCAGAAUGGUGAUAAACCGGUUUUUGGGAGUGAGAAUCAAGAAUCUCUAGCCAAAAAGCCUAAGUUAUUUAGUUCUGAUCUGGAUGUGGAUCACAACAAAGAUGCCAAUGAAAGGCAAAAACAAGUUCAGGAGGUUGAUGGUAAAGCUACUGGGGAACAGGUCCAUGCUAGUAUUUCAGAAGCUGCUAAUGACCUUAAUGCGGCAAAGGUUGCUGCAAUUAGAGCUGCUGAAUUAGUUAACAGGAACCUUGCGGGGGUGGGUUUUAUGUCUACUGAGCAGAAGAAGAAGCUGCUUUGGGGGAAUAAAAAGAGCACAACUUCAGAAGGGGCUGCUCACCGGUGGGAUGCUGCCCUCUUUGAUGAUCAUGAGAGACGAGAAAAGUUUAACAAACUCAUGAGUCUGAGGUUGCCUUGGUACCUAUGGCCAAUUGUAGGGUGUGAAGGGCGACGGGAAGGUAGAGCACAAUUCCAACAUGGAAGAUGGCGAUGGUCGUCUUCAAGCAGAGAAGCAGAAGGAAGUGCAGAUGGAUUUGGAGAAGCAGUAUACUGCUGGACUUCGACGAAGAGAUGGUCGCACUGUUGGAUUAGGUCUUUAAGUGUCUGCUUAAGAUUAUUUUGCACUGGCACGGUUAUGUUUUCUGACAUUUUGUUGUACUCUUGUGUGAGAACUAUAUCUGUCAUGGCUUUAGACUCAUGUAAGGUUAAGGAGAAUGUGCAAUUUGUUUCAGAACAUGUUACCUAUUUUGCAGAUUGGUGUGGUUUUGGAGCCUGAAAUGGUUUGGCACAGGGCUUGGUUUAAUUGAUUUGGGCAUGUAUCGAGUAGAACCAAUUGCAGUGGGUUUAAUUGUUCGAACCAGAGUAAAAUUAAAACAUCGUUUUUGCCA